CAGAAAACUCAAUUCCCCAUCCAUGGCGCCCUGCGAACCCAAGGUCACGGCGCGAUGCCCCUACUGCUCCGGCCCAGGCCCAGCUCGUUCCCCUCCGCUGUCGGCCGUUGCCCGAUCGGCCAUGACUGCCGAGUGCACCUCCUGCGGCCGCGUCGUCGGCGAGCGUCAGACCGUGACCCACGAGCUCUUCUUCGAGCGCGCCCAGUACUCGCCACUGUGCAUUGUGACUCCUGAUCUCUCCAACCCCGCCAACCUCCCUCCUCCCAUGGCCGACGACCCCUUUGAAUCCACCGGCUUCAUCACCGCCUUCUCCGCGUUCUCGCUCGACCUCGUCCCCGUAUUUACACGAUCGGCCUGGGGGUUUUCGGGUUAUUUGGGCGAGAUGGAGAGGGUUUUAAUGGAGUUUGAUUCUGAUGCUCUGAGGGCUUAUUUGCAGAUAGUCGACGUGUCGAGUAUUUUGGGGGUGGAGAGGGAUAUAAGUGACCAUGCUAUCCAGUUGUUCAGAGACUGUGCUUGCACUACUUAUCUGAGGAAUAGGAAUGUGGAGGCCUUGGCGACUGCGGCCCUGGUGCAGGCCGUAAGGGAGGCUCAGGAGCCCCGGACUUUGCAGGAAAUCUCAGCUGCUGCAAAUGUUCCUCAGAAAGAGAUUGGCAAAUACAUCAAAAUUCUUGGCGAUGCUCUGAAAUUAAGCCAACCCAUCAACAGCAACUCCAUAUCAGUGCACAUGCCCAGAUUUUGCUCUCUCCUGCAACUCAACAAGUCUACCCAGGAUCUUGCCACCCACAUUGGUGAAGUUGUCAUAAACAAAUGCUUUUGCACCCGACGGAAUCCCAUAAGUAUCUCUGCAGCUGCCAUUUAUCUCUCUUGCCAACUCGAAGAUAAGAGAAAAACCCAAGCAGAGAUCUGCAAAGUUACAGGACUCACUGAGGUCACACUGCGCAAAGUGUACAAAGAAUUGCUCGAGAAUUGGGAUGACCUCUUGCCCCCAAAUUACACCCCUGCCGUUCCUCCUGAAAAAGCCUUUCCCAUGACUGUAAUCACCUCAAAUCGAUCCAAAUUGGAUCCCCUCGAAACCAUUUCUCCUACCACCUCACAUUUUGAAAAUCAAAAGCAGUCCGAAAUUCCCAAGCCCCCCAAAAUUCAAGAAGCCUCAGAAAAUGGCCCCUCAACAAAGGGCAAGGAAAAGGAAUCAGACCCUAAAACCAACUCUCGCUGUCCACCACCCAUUGUUCCUUAUGGCCUAAACAUUGACCCUAGAGUCUUUCAUGAAAUGGCCCAUGCCCAAGCGCCCUUUUGGCAACAGCCCCAACUUCUGUUUGGUUUGCCUGCUUUCAGGCCAGAGGGAGAGAAGAUUCAGAGGAGAGACCAAUUGGGUCAAAAGAAAAAUCGGGAUGUUGUUAUGCGUGAUGUUCAACCAGGCUCCUCACGCUCUUCGGAUUUCAAACAAAAAGUGGACAGAGAUGUUAAGAAUAUUAAUGAUAGUGAUGUGAAGAUUACCAGUGAUAGAGAUGCGAAUAUUAAUACUAGUACUAAUAGUACUGUGAGUAGUGGUAUGAGUAACGCUCAAUGGGGGACUCAAUUUUCAGGCGUACCAGGAGGUAACAUGUGGCCUGUUCAUGGGCAGCUUGUAUCGGGUGGUUAUGUUCGAUUUGUGCAGCCUCAAGCAGUUUCAGGUUUUGGUGCUCCAAUACAGGGAGUCGGGAGUGAAAAAGACGGGUCUUGUGGAGAUAGGGGAGUUGAGAGACUAAGCAUGGGUUCUUCCUCAGAUCGAAUGGAUUGUUUGCCGAUGAAGCAAGAUAAUAGUGGAGGGAGUGGGAGCACCCCAUCAGAUGGCCAUAAAGGGCGAGGUUGAUAUUCUUGCAUUAUUGGGGUUUGGCCUCUUGGUUAUCAUGGGGGUGUUAUGGGCUUCAGCACAAUGCACAAGUUAUGAGUUCCUGCUGAACUUUCCCAGAGAAAAGUAGCCCCCCAAAAGAGUGGAUCUUGUGUUAAAUGGGAUUUUAUACUGGGAAAUUAUAUGUACACACUGGGGAUACUGUGUAUGGUGUGAAAAGAAAGUUUCUCUUGCACAAUGUGUAUAUUGAAAAUAUUUUUAGAAGGAUCUUUGAAUGUCAAAAUCAGAUUUUGAGCUCCUCUGCACCUUCAUGUUUGCUAGGUAGAGAACAGUGUUACCAUUGUGCGUCAUACUUUGUCUCCAUAUAAAUCUGUAUUACUUUGGAA